AUGACGCCCCAGAAGUCGUUGCACAUACCAAGCCCUACAAGCCAGGCCGAGAGCAUGCUGCAUGCCUGGACCACGCUGCACCGUAGUAUUCCUCAGGGUGUUGCCAAUAACGCAGGGGUCGGCGCAACCGGCGCAGAGAUCGAAGGCUAUAUAGGCUGGAUGCGCAAUUGGAUUAGGCGCACAUUGUUGGAAACUAGGCCCAUUGGAUAUGCCGAUACCUGGACAGCAUGGAUCUUGCCUGAGAACCGCGGAGUUGCAAAUUUGGUGGCUUGGCUUGGUAACAAUAUCCAGACAGAGAGUGUAGCAAGUGGAAAGCCUGUCUGGGUUACCGAGACAGGUUGGCCGCACGUCAGCCCCGACUCUGGUGCAACUGUUAGAAACGAUGGCGCUAAUGAUCGCACGAGGAUGACCAGGGACUGUCUCCACGAUGCAGAUGAAAUGCCUCGACUGCGUCAGGGAUGA